GUUAGUCAAUGUCGGAUGAGGCAAAUGAGAGGGAUGGGGGGGAGUUGGCGCAACGGGAGGUUCAGAUGCGCUCGAUGAAGAGACGGCGCGGUACGCGCGGGGGAAUGGGGGACAUAUUAGAUUAUCGGUCUGAGAUCGACGCUGCGCUUGAAUGGCUAGUGAGAGAUGUGGAGCAGGAGGAGACGGCGGCAGCGGUGAUUCGCCUAGCCAUCCGCCAACCUGUCGAUGGAGUAGGAGUAGGAGGAGGAGGAGGAGGAGGAGGAGGGGAUCGCGUUCAGCUGUUUGAGAAGAUGCAAGCAUUGGGUGCAAAGCUGACAGAGGUUGGAAAUCGACUGGCCAGAGAGCAUGCCACGUGGCAGAAUGGGAUGACCUGGCCGCUGACCCAGGAUUUAACGAUGAAGAUCUUCGGCAUGCUCGACACUGUACACGUGGCGAGAGUGGCAUGCACGUGCACGAUGCUCCGACGUCUGGCGAUGGAGCCCUCCUGCUGGGAAGAAAUCGAUCUCACGCCUUGUGCGGCGAAGGCCACGUCGCACGUUGUCGGCCAGGUCGUUAAGCGUGCAGGUCCAUGCCUCAGGUCUUUGAAGGUUGGUGUGCUGCCGCAUUGUAUGAAGAAAGUCGUGGAGCAGCGACAGACUCAUAAGUCGCCAGAUGUAAGAGCAGAAAGUGAGUACUACUUUGACAAAUCACUACCGAGGUACCAGAUUGCCCCUGGUCGUGGCAAAGGACAGCUGUGUGCUCUGAGCGGGCUCUGCCUAGCUCCCAUUGAAGAUGCAAAGAAGCUGAAUCCAGCAGGUCAUCCACUCAGGGUACUCCAUUUGUAUAACGUGUUGGCACUUGGGAUUGGACCUUUGCGAAGAGCCCUUGCUGCUUGCCCUCUACUGCAGGAUCUAGAACUUGUGGGCUUGAAGGUGGGCAUAUCUGUGGUAAUGGAAUGCUUGUCAACUAACUGCCACCAGCUGCAGGAGCUCACCUACCAACCUUCCAAAGGGACUAAGUGGGGGCCCGGAGUAUGGACUCAUCAAGGUAUUGUCAAGACGUCAGCGUGCCUUUCACUUGUGAAGGGAUGCUCAGAGAUCCAUUCACUAUCACUUCGGGGAACUACACUUUCAGAUCGGAAAGCAGACAUUCUAGUGAAGGGUCUCUCCAGGCUGGUGCACCUUGAUUUCUCAGAUUCAUGGGAUCUGACAGGUUCAUUCUUAGCAAGGAGUCUUUUGCGGGGAGAAAAGCAUAUUUGUGUUCUUCACUCUCUUGUCCUUCGCGACUGUGCCCACCUUAAUCAGAUUCAAGUGGAACAGUUCUUGGCUGCUCUGUUAAGUGGAGACUGCAAAUGUCUGCGCCACCUGGAUUUUUCCAAUGCUGGUGGGAUGACAGGAUUGGCUAGCGCAGAAUGGAUGUCACGACAACCGAGCUUCCAGAAAUUGGUUGAUCACCUCCGAGCUGAGCACCCAAUUCUUCGCAUAUCCAUCGACUCCCAUGAUAUCAGCUGCAGCGACUUGACACACAUGACUAGCUCCCCUGUCAGCGAUGAAGGGGGCAAUUACGAUGAUUAUGACAACAAUGAUGAAGAAGACCUGCUUCAUAUUUUUGGCAGCAGUGAUAUGAGUUUGGCGACCUCUGAAGAUGACGAGGACGACGACGAAGAUGGAGAGGAUGAUGAGGAAGAGGAUGAUGAGGAUGAGGACGACGACGAUGAUGAAGGAGGUAAUGAUGCUAGUGGUUAUGCAAAUGCUAGCAAUCGACUAGACCAUCGUAAUAAUCCCGAGGAUGAUGACGCAAGCGGGAUGGAAGACCAGGCAGGAUUCCUUCACGUCAAUCUUGGACGACUGUGUGAUGAAUAUGACGAGGAAUUUGACGAAGACAGUGACUAUACCGUCUCUAUGGAAAGCUCUAGUUCAUCCGAAAGUGGGACGGCCUCCUCUAGUGAGACAGAGCCGUGGAUGGUGGACGAUGCCGGGGACGACGAUGAUGAUACAGAGGGUGGUGCCACAAGUCUACGAGACGCAACUGAUAUAAUGGGAAGAACCCAGGCAUGGUCCCGGACUCAGGAUCAUCAGUAUUAUGCCGGUCCAGCGGCACAACUCUUGCUUGCUGUCCCAGAGAGCGAUAUCUCCGAUAACGAAGAUGGACCGCCAAACCAGCGGUCAAACGAGGGCGAAGGAGAAGACGGCUCCUGACACUACACACAGCUACAUUUCUUGUGCAUCUGCUCAACAGAUAUUCAACAAGGGGCAAUUACCAACCUGCACGCUCUUCAUCCCGAUCUCUGCGAAGAAGCACUGAUGCUGUGAACGUCUACCCUUACGGACAAAGUUAUGCCCCCAACUUUAUGGCACAUCAUGUCUGUGGUAGGUCAUGCUCCAGGGCACUGUGCAUUCCCCUGAAUGAGCAGAGCCAUGUUAAGUGCUUGGUUGUCAGUCCACCUGCCAGUACCGCUCAUGAUGUCUGCAAUCAGUUGCGUUCCGGGAGCACUGCACGGCGCUCUCGAUGGCAUGCACAAUCCACUGAAUGAGGAGAGCCAUGUCAAGCGCCUGGUUGGCCGGUUAUUUCAAGUCUGCCUGGCAGUACCCGCCAUCAUGUCUGCAAUCGGUAGCGUUCCAGCAGUGCUGCGUAGCCCACUGGCGUGCACGAUCCGCUCAACGAGCGGAGGCAUGUUUCGCGCUUGGUUGGCUGGUUAUUUCAAUACUGCCUGUCAUCAUGGGGAUGUUUGUGGGAUUGUAAAGUAGUGCCGAUCUCUGCACCUUUUAACCUCUCCAAAGUGGCAGUCGUCCUCGACGCGCAUGCCUCAAACCUCAAGUAUGUCAAUAAUCCGACCCUGUUCCAGAAGUCUACAUCAUGCAUGUGACCUUCAGUGCUCGGUCAUCUGCUCAUCCCAAGUAUGUUGCGUAUGAUUGAGAUGUUUAUGAGAGCAUCAAACUGUCAUGUCAUUUGCAUGCAAUGAUUUUUGUAAUAUCGUUGAGGCUGCAACUGUCUUUCCUCCAAUUCUUUAUGGUCAGUGCAAUUCCACAGCCAUCCAACCGCAUCGAAAAGCCAACCGUCUUUGUCUUCUUCAAUGGACUAUGCAUCACGCCAAGUCGUCCUCGUGAUCAAAGGGGUCGUCUGACAGCCUUCAUCCCAGGUCAUAUCGUAGUCGCUGGCCUUUGCUUAUAGCUCUCUGUUUCUGUUAACGGUUGUCGGCAACUUGUCGCAGAUGUUUGGUCGAUCUGCUUAAGCUGGGAAUAUCCGCGUCUCCUACUUCAUCGUCCUGGCCGCGGAUUUCGUCCAUCAGUUGAGGCAACCAACAACACCUUCUGAGCGUGCAUAGCAGGUCUGCUACCCUCUUUCCUGCCACAAGGAAGUCCCGUCAUCUAGCUGAUCUUCCACUUCCCUGAAUUCUACUCGUUCUCAUUGAAGUCUCCUCGAGCAUUAAUGGUGUCCCCCUCUCUGGAAAUGGUUUUUCAGUCCCAUUUCACUGGGACCGUAAAGCUAAAGGGUGCUGCCUGAAUCGACCUCUGUCCGCCCUCUCGAAAUGUUUUUUUCAGUCCCAUUUCACCAGCACCGUAUAAGAUCAAGGAGCUGGCCGAAUCGACAUCUGUCCCCCUCAAGGAAAUGAUUUUUCAGUCCCAUUUCACCGGCACCGCAUAAAGUCAAGGAGCUGGCCGAAUCAACCUCUGUCCCCCCGAGGAAAUGAUUUUUCAGUCCCCUUUCGCAGGCAUCGUAAAGGUCAUUGAGCUGGCCGAAUUGAGCUUUGUUCCCCCUGAGGAAAUGAUUUUUCAGUCCCAUUUCGUGGGAACCGUAAAGGUCACGGAGCUGGCCGCUUAUGCCAUACUCGCCAGCCGCGGGUGGUGCACAUAUGGUAGCACAAAGUGGUUGUGCUUCUAUACGUAUCCGGGGCCAUGUCAUGCAGCAUUUCACUUUCAGGCUUCAGCAGAUUGAUCAGCAGAAAAAAUAAAGGCCCCCCUUUUUUUUCUGUAAACUUGUGUAAAGGAUGAAGUAAAAGUGGGGACACCUU